UGCAAGCCAAGCGACCGCACGAUAACGUUCAGGUUGGAGGCUCGCGGUGUGACUUGGUAAAGGGAGCUGGACAUGAAGUGUGGAGUAUAAAUAGCAUCACGUGUGGGAGUGUCUCAGUCCUCGUUCAUGCGCCGUCGAUCUUCCUCCGCGGGGAGAACCUAUCGCCAAUUUUCGAUUCGCAGCGCUCCAAUCACUCCCUACUUGGCGAACAAACUUAUGAUUUUCAAGACACCCCAUCCGCCCAUAUAACCAGCGCGACAUGUUUCAAUCGCAUACGAGUCCCUCGUAUCCCGCCCGGUCACAGUACACACCGAUGCAUUUGCAUCUGCAUCUGAUCGGCCCCCCUCGCGCUGCCUCCGAGAUGCCGUGCAACCCUGGCUGCAAGUAUAUAAGAACAGGAUCUUGCGCCACUUGAGCGUGUGUUUCUGUUCCAGAGCAAGACUCCAAUCUGUUCAGCUCGAUUCACUGCAUCCACAUGACCAUGUUUUACCUCUUUGCUCUCUUUUUGUUUCUAGCCCUAGGCAAAACCCAGACAACUACAUUCGCUACAAGCACCACCCCGCCGCCACCAUCCACAACAACCACACCUCCAACCCCCUGCGGGACCCUUCCCUCCUGCCCAGAAUCCCAAACCUGCACAACCGCCGUCUUCUUCACUCCGACCGCCUCCUAUACAACCACCGUGACCUGCGUGCCGAAGCCGACCUGCCUAGGUGUAUACGAGGUAUGUUCCUUCGGAAGCGGACUAAGCUGCUGUUCCGGGUACUGUGCUGCCAGUCAUUGUCGGAAUACCGAUCCCAACUGGCCGUACUGCCAGGAAGAUAUGGGGGUGUGUCGCGGGGAUGCGGAUUGUUGCUAUGGGAAUAAGUGCGUGGCUGGGAUUUGUUUGCGGGGGGUGUGAAGGGAUUCGUCUUGAAGGGUGUUGUCGAAGAGUAAGGUAAUGACUGGGAUGGGAAAAUAAGAUGGAAUGGGAUGUGAUGGGACCCGGGUCGGGUUGAUGCUUGAUGAGAUGAUGAAAAAUUGGGUGUUUGGUCCCUAUGACUUUUAUGAUGAUGAUAGCGUCG